GUAUUCGUCGUGCUCUUCGCUGCAAUAAUCCAUAGAUAAGAGCAAAUGGAAACCCACGACGUUAGAGAACCGCCACCUCACUUAGCUCGCGUUGACAGCGAGGAACUAUACUUGCAGCAAUCGAGUCUGCUCCUGCCCGUCCGCUUCACAACCGUCGAGCCACGCCGCGUAGAGACAGCCGGCAAUCGGGACUAAUGUUGAAGCUCCGAUUAUCACCAUGACAAUGCUGCUGGAUCGCGUUGCGAGGCACGCGUUCUCGACGUCCAGCAGGCAGGCUGCACACACGCAGUCAGUCGCCAAGCAAGCGAUCACACUGUGGACACAUCCACCGCACCUGCUCCAUCCAAGACCAGCAGCAGGCUGGCCGCGCCCACCGAGACGCAGACGAAGACUGUCGACUCCAUUGCUCCGUGAUUCGGGGCGAUCUCAAUCUGAUUGGAUACUUCGGUAAGUUAAGUUUCAUAUCAUUUUUGUAGUUGGGUCGUAAUUUGCAGCCAAUCUAUGCGUUGACCCGUGGACGCUAGCGAUCUCUUGCUCAGGUACAUGCAUCGACCCUUCGAGGCGUCAGCUUUUCUCAUGUGCUCGAAGGACUCUGCAGCAAAGUACAUCGUAAUUUAUUGUCGUAAAUUACCAAUAGCCUAGAGACACAAAACGGAUUCGGUACCACAUCUGUGCAUACUGUGGCCCAUGGCCCCAAGCCGAAGCCACUGGCAACGCAGCAACCCAACCCACUCGGCCACAUCAUGCGCGCCGCCGCCUCCUCCUCCUCUUCCGGAGAUGACUGGGCGCUGCGCGCCAACCUGCAGCUGUGCGGCUCUGUGUCUCCCCCCACCUACGCGGACCUGCGCACGGCCGCGCACCUGCAGACCUUCGACGUGCGCGACGGCGGCGCGGCGCUCUGGGGCGAAGGCGGCAAGCUCUUCCUGGUCAACGUGUUCCACCAGAGCCAGGCCGGCGGCAAGCAGGCGGCUUCCAAGACCAGCAAGGAGAAGCUGCUGAGACACGUGACGCUGGACCCGCCGCUGCAGCCGCAGGAGGCGGCGGAGGUGGAGCAGAUCAAGCUCAACGCCAGCAGCUCGCAGGUGCUGCUGCAGGCCAAGAGCUGGCUCAGGCUGCUGCGUCUGCCCGUGGAAACCAAGCGCAAGCCGCAGAGCGCGCUGCAGCGCAGGGCGGACAACGACAUCACGCAGAGAUUCCUGGUGAGGUUCGAGGACGGCAGCGAGCAGGAGAUCACGCUCAAGGAGGACGAGCUCAAGGACGCCGACAUGGUGACGCAGGUCAGACGCCGCGCGGCACAGGGCAAGCGCGUGGCGUUCGUGUCGCGCGAGCACUGUGUGGCGUCAGUGAGGACUGUCGGAUACUUUUCCAACGUGCGCCACGCGGCAUGGCACCCACUGAGCGACACGCACGUGGUGGUGCUCUCGGACGCGGAGGAGAUCGAGGUGUUCAACACGCAGCAGGAUGUAUCCAAGCCGGAGCAGCGCCACCGACUGGACUUCCCGACCAAGGCUCGAGCCACGGGGGCCUUCUCAACGAGCUUCUGUUUCGGUGCUUCGAUUCAGCUCCAGCAGCAACAGGCCGCACAACUGCAGGCCGCGCAGAUUUGGGAUGCGUUCACGUGCUACGUCUUGCGCUCGGACGGCGCCGUGUAUGCUCUGUGCCCCUUGGUGCCGUACGAUUGCUGCGCUAGCAAGAUGUUCCUUCAGAUGUUGAAUAGCGAAGUGGACGCCCAGAUCGCCGUCUGCAAGCAGAAGUUGGAAGCAGCUAGCGGUGGCAGCGGGCUGCAGUCGCGGCUUCUAGAGCUCAAGUCACAGAAGUACUGGUUGCAGGAAGGUUGGGCGCCGGCCUCCGCACAGGCUCGUCGUAGCAGCCCUCGCUUUGGCGGACGCACACAAACUCCCCCCGCUACUCAAGACAAAUCCAAUGCGGACGUAUUUUGCUACCUGAGCCCUCAUGUGAGCGGCAUUUCGCCGGAUACGUGGCCAAUUGCCCUGCAAGGACCCGUGGACGUGACUCCCCAAUCGGUUGUGGAAGGCAAGAACCAGGUUGCAGGUGGCUCGUCGGCAACCUCGCUGCUUGUUGUACCGCAUGCCCUGCGAAGUUCCGUGGAGAAGCGCGCCGCCAGCUCUUCGCCUUUCUUGAUGCGCGCUUUCACUUCGGGCCAUGUAGAGCUUAUUCUGCUGGACUCCCCUAUCCGACCACAGUGGAGAAGCAAUCGCCAGGGAGCCACUGCCUCAUCCGCGCGUAAACUUCCGGCACUACUGCUCGAGUGUCUUAACCUUGGCAUUGACGAUUCUGGUGGUAAGGCUGUGCUUGAGCGGGACACUGCUGAUCCGAAGCUUGUUUACUGCCUGCACUCGACGGGCGUGCACGUGAUCAAUGUGAGCUGGGUGUUUGCUCUCGCCUCCGGCAAACAGUUCACGACAUUGCCGAAGAGUUCGGCUCGCCACGUCUUCAGUGUAUCACCCAGCAGCGGAAAUACUGCCUCCGCUUCAUCGUCGUCGACAGCCUCUGCGGUGUCUAAUGUCGUGGGCGCGCGCGUUGUGAAGAAUGUGAACUUUGGACAUUUGCUUCUACUUCGCCUGGCCUCUGGGAACUUUGAGGUCGUAAACGUGAGCGCCGCAUCAAGUGAGCUACUGAAGGGGGUGCUUGCUGAUAGCUCCAGUAGUGCCGAUGCUGAUGAUCUACAGAAAACGCUGCCCGGUACGUUGGCGUCCAUGGCAUCGUCCAAGUCACGAGUGGCAGCAUCCAGCAGCAACUCAGACGACACCAGUAUCCGACCAUUUGGAGAUAUCGUCGAGGAAAAGCUCGAGGCGCUUAGCGCGCGUGGAACCAGGGUUACGGGCAACACAUUGAUGCACGAAGUGGACGACGCUGUGCUGGCGUUCGUGCUGGAACGCGUGAAGAUUUUAUACGAAGACGUGGAGUACAUCGACGAAAUGGACCAGUUAAUGCGCGAUCGAUUGCAGUUGCAUGCUACGAUGAUCAAGGCGCAGGCUGAAAAAGUUGUGGCUGUGCAAAAGAACGCGGAUGAAGCUCGCGCGUCGAUGAAGAAGCUGCAGGAGAAGAUGGAGCGCGCUCUGGCGGUGCAGCAAAACCUGAGCAAACGCGCGGCCGCGGUGCUGCAGGCGGUCAAGGAGAACCAGCCGCACCUUUCGCGUACCGAGCGCGAAUUCAAGAGCGAGCUGGAGCUGAUGGCGAUUGAAGUGCGCCGUAUGAAGCCGCGAGUGGCUGAAUUGACGGUGCAGGGCCAGCGCGCUGUGCGCUCACUGGAGAGCGCUGCUCUCUCGGCAUCUUCUUCGAGCCGGUACUGGAGCUCUUUGAGCGCGUCUGCAGGCUCCUCGGUGCUGUCGAACGAGAAGAAGAAAAUGUGCUACGAUGUGCUGCGCGCCGAGACGCAGCUAAUUGACGACACGAAGGUACUGCUCGAAGAUCUGAGCGCAAACCUGCAACAGAUGAAGGAGUAGCUAGCGCAAUAAUUCGUCCCCGUAUCGGCUUGCACAACUUUCAAACAUGUUGCUUAUGAUUAGCUUUCCGAAGUAUUUCACCUUCCUCCAGUUCGGAGUCACAGCCCACGCUGUACCAGUCGGCACUCCGCUGCGCGCACUGCGGCGGGUGCGAGUCGUGCAGCUGCCUGUGCCACACGUUGUUCCAGACCCGCUUCCGCUUCACUGCUCCCGGUGCGUAUCAUGCUUGGUUUCCUGUAUAUUUUCCCUUGUUAUCCAAACAUGGGUGGCUGCGCGGUGCUGGGGUUUGCUCGGCCGGACUGCAGCACCCCAUGCACAUUACCACCGCUUUUGUUGAGUGAAGUAGCUAACCAACGGUGUUGCGUUGUGCUGUCUUGCCUUGCAUUUUGUGUGCCUGCACAGCGAACCUGGAGCGACUGCGUGCGGACGUGGACGCCGUCGUCAAGUACCAUCAGCAGCAACUGCAGCAGCAGCAGCAGCAACAGCAGCAGCAUCAGCAACGAUAGCUCAGCUAGGCGCCUUUUGUUCACUAGUUUGCCGGCGACGCGCGCGUGCGGUGGACGAAUACAGCAGUAUCCCUUCUCAGACGAGCAUGACUCGGCUCUGCGCGUGCU